AUGUCUGAAACUAAAGACGUCGAGGCGCGUCACGCCCACAAUGAAGAGAAAGAUGCCACCGGCAACGAAAUCGACGAUGUCGCCGAUGCAAAGCUGCAUAAUGGAUUGACGGAGGCAGCUAUGGAUUCCGAGUUGCAACAACUCGAAUCCCAACUCCAUGAGAUCCCCAAGUCUCGCUUCGACUUCUCCAUGGCAAGUCCCAAAAACUUCACAUACAUCCUCGUCGCAUUCGCAUCGAUGGGUGGCAUGUUGUCCGGUCUGGACCAGUCACUCAUCAGCGGUGCAAACUUGUUUCUGCCAAAAGACUUGCACCUAUCGUCCGCCGAUAACAGUCUUGUUAAUGCAGGCAUGCCUCUGGGUGCUGUGGCUGGUGCUCUCAUUCUAUCCCCGGCAAAUGAAUACCUUGGCCGUCGCAUGGCCAUCAUUGUUUCAUGCAUCUUGUAUACCAUCGGUGCAGCCCUCGAGGCCGGCGCCAUCAAUUUUGGAAUGAUCUUUGCUGGCCGAUUCAUCCUCGGUGCCGGUGUUGGUUUAGAGGGAGGUACCGUCCCUGUCUACGUUGCCGAAUGUGUCCCCCGUAAAAUCCGAGGGAAUCUCGUCUCCUUAUACCAACUCAACAUCGCCCUCGGCGAAGUCCUCGGCUACGCCGUCGCCGCAAUGUUCGUCAGCGUAGACGGUAACUGGCGAUACAUCCUAGGCUCAUCUCUCGUCUUCUCCACCAUCCUGUUUAUAGGCAUGCUCUUCCUCCCAGAAAGUCCCCGAUUCCUCAUGCACAAGGGACGCGAGAUCGAAGCCUACGCAGUCUGGAAGAAAAUCCGAGGUUUCGACGACCACGAAGCAAAAGACGAAUUCCUCGGUAUGCGACAAGCAGUCACAGCCGAAAGCCAAGAGCAAGCUGCAACGAAGAAAUACCCCUGGAUGGAUUUCUUCACUGUUCCCCGCGCCCGUCGCGCUAUGGUCUACGCCAAUAUCAUGAUCUUCCUCGGCCAGUUCACGGGUGUCAAUGCCGUUAUGUACUACAUGUCGACGCUGAUGCAGGCAAUUGGGUUCGACGAUAAGGACGCCGUCUUCAUGUCGUUAGUCGGUGGAGGCUCGCUGCUUAUCGGCGCUAUCCCUGCUGUGCUGUACAUGGAGCGAUUCGGUCGUCGGUACUGGGCUAAUGCCAUGCUCCCGGGCUUCUUCAUUGGGCUCGUUCUCGUCGGCGUUGGAUAUACCAUCGAUGUGGAGAAAUACCCCGCCACCGCGCAGGGUAUCUAUCUCACAGGCAUCAUUCUAUACAUGGGUUUCUUUGGCUCGUACGCGUGUCUUACGUGGGUUGUUCCGUCGGAGGUCUUCCCGACGUAUCUGCGAUCCUAUGGAAUGACGACCGCGGACGCGAAUUUGUUUUUGUGCUCGUUUAUCGUGACGUAUAACUUCACGCGAAUGAUGGAGGCUAUGCGUCGGAUUGGUUUGACGCUGGGCUUUUAUGGUGGUAUUGCUGUUGUGGGGUGGAUUUAUCAGAUUAUCUUCAUGCCUGAGACGAAGAAUAAGUCCUUGGAGGAGAUUGAUGAGUUGUUCUCUCUGCCUACUUCUGUCAUUGUUAAGCGCAAUCUUAAGCAGAGUGCGCAGGUGGCGAGGGAUUUGUCGAGGUUGAGGUUGAGGAAGGUGUUUUCGCCUGAGCCGUAUAAAUGA